UGCUGUGCAUAUAUAGCCACUUCGUUUCCCAGACGGCAUUUAACUCAUACAUUAGUCUACGUUUUGGGACAGCAGACUCACCCCUCUCUCUCUCUCUCUCUCUCCCCCAAUCCGAUAGAAACUUUUGGUGAUCUUCGGCAGGCAAUUGGAAGGAGACAGCUUAAACAAGGACCUCAAUCUACUGGAUUUAUCAGCUUAGACUUGUACAAAUGGAUCAGAGCUCCUGUUUCAUCACAGAUGCUACUCUUGAGGAGGGAGAUCAUUCAAAAAAGGGACUUGAAUUGGUGAAAUCAGCCUCAGAUAAGAAUCUUGACCUUCUGAGGCCAUCAGCUCGUUACUUUUCAAUGACUAAAGGACAAACAAUAGAUGCUGCAGAUCGGGAAAAAGGCAGAUAUACCCUUAUAAGGGAUGUAGAUGAUUUCCAACAAGGAAUCUAUGAUAAACCACUUCCAUGCUUUGGUUGUGGAAUCGGGUGGUUCUCUUUUCUCCUGGGCUUUACAUUCCCAUUGAUGUGGUAUUAUGCUACAAUUUUGUAUCUCGGAAACUACUAUCGGAAAGACCCUCGAGAACGAGCUGGCCUUGCUGCUUCUGCAGUUGCUGCAAUGGCAUGUACACUUCUGGUGAUGAUCAUAGCAGUUGUAAUGUUAUUCCGGUGAUGGUUACAUUACAGUUAUGUGCAAUUGUUGGACAUUGUAUUUACAUGCCUAAUCGAUGGAAUUAGGCUUCGGAGUGAAUUGUAGAUAUGAAAUCCAGGUGCACACAGGAGUACUUUCGUGAACUAAAGCUAUUAGGCAAGUCACAACAAGAACAUCAAAGUAAUAGUUUCCAUUUCAUUGGGCAGGUAUAUAGGUUUUUCGCACAAAAACAAUGAAAUUGUAAACAAGCUUGACAUUACAAUGUAACUAUUAUAGUUUAUGCAAUUCCUGGGUAAUAUUCAGUCUGCCAA